AUGCCAAAUGGUAUCAAACACUUUUGCAACAUACAGAAAAUAUUUCAGUAUUUUUUGUUUCGAGUGCAGAAGAGGAGAAGGAGGCUAAUGGGCCUGUACGACGAGGGGUUUUCUAGAAACUUGCCACAUUCGAGUACUGUGACGAUGACAAAUAAUUUUCAGGUAGUUGGAAAGUAAGAUGUAGUAAGAGAUGUUCUGGUUGGAGAAACCCUUAGUGGAGUACACUGUCUGAAAGUACACUUCACAACUUAUAUUUUGGUAAAAUAAAAUUUUUCAAAUCCAUAAGCGUCUAUUAUUAAUCAGUUUCCAAAAAAGACUGUUCCGGCUGGUUACUGUGAUGUUUUGCUACUACUUAAAAAAUAUUUUUUUUUGUCCCUUACAUCGUCCAUUAUUGCACAUUUAUUGCCUAUCUAAUCCGCCUUCAAUUUAAUUUUCACGCAUAUUAAGAACCACUGGGCUCUUUUAUCAAACAUUGCUAGUAGAUCAUUCGUUAUUAUUCUAUAUCCGUGAAGGGAAUAGAUAAUCUUAUCAUUCUUAUCUAAUUACCUAUUAAUAAUCAAUAUUAUUAUUGGUUUUAAAAAAAAAUUGAGAUAUUAUAUAUCUUUAUAUUAAAAAUUUAAUAUACAUCAAUAUUACAGAUAUAAAUUUGUAUCUCUGGACUCUGAUAGAUAUUUAAUAUUUAUUUAUUUUGUGGUUUUAUAUUGUGUACUUUGUUGUUCUAUGCAGUACAUUUUAACUUAAAAUUUAUAUUACAUUUUUAGUUUUCACUGAAAUAGUUUUAAAUUGAACAUUAUGAUGUUUAAACGUGAAAUUAUUUUAAAUUUAAAUAAAUAUAUGAUUUUCAAAUUUCAAUCUAGUUUUGUACCAAAACAUGAACCUGUGCAACUAUCAGAUGCAAUUACUCUUGAACAUUUUAUUAAAGAACAUAAAAGAAUUCUAGUAUUAACUGGUAUAGUCCACCAUACCAUUGAAAUUUAAUUGUUGUAAACAAUACACUUGUAUUGUUUAACACAGGUGCUGGUAUUUCAACUGAGAGUGGUAUACCUGAUUACCGUUCUGCUAAUGUUGGGCUGUAUGCAACAAGUAAAAGCCGUCCAGUAAUUUAUCAACAAUUUAUUAGUAAUCCAGAAGUACGCGUACGCUAUUGGGCUAGGAAUUAUAUAGGAUGGCCAAGAUUUUCAUCAAUGUUACCCAAUUAUGCUCAUACAUUUUUAAAAAAAUUGGAGGAUAAAAACAAAAUUGUGCACAUUAUAACACAGAAUGUUGAUAAUUUGCAUACAAAAGCAGGGAGUAAAAAUGUUUUGGAACUGCAUGGAACUGCUUAUGUUGUGCAUUGUUUAAUAUGUGAUUAUUUUAUCAAUAGACAUCAAUUUCAAAAUGUUUUAUCAAAAUUAAAUCCUCAAGUUUUUAUUAGUGAUAUUUACAGUGUCAAGCCAGAUGGAGAUGUUGAGUUAACUCCAGUAAGGAAAAUUGUUUAUUUUAUAAUACUUUGGUUUUGAGUUUCUUACUACACAAAUUGUAUAAAACAUACAAUUUAGAUUAAGAUUAGAGCGUGUUCAACAUAGGUUCUUGUCUUACACCACAUAUAUACUCAAGAUAGACCAUCCUUUUCACGAUUAUUCUCUCAUUCAAAACACCCUAAAAAUACCUCUAUUUUCUUCUCGAUGUCUGGAUUCUAAUUUGGUCUUUAUCACCUCCAAUUUAAAUGGCUCAUUGAAUGUGCCUGAUCUGCUGACCGUGAUUUCUUUUCGCAACCCACCAUAUGGUACUAGAAGCCAUCAAUUAUUUCAUGUUCCCACUCAUUCGACGUCCUAUGAACAUAAUCACUCCCUUCUCAGAUUGCUGCGUAAUGCAAAUAAUUCUAACAUUGAUACUGCCCUAGUUUGAUUUUAAUGUUUCACUUAUCACUUUUCUAUAUUUUAAGUCUGCAUAAUUUAGUUAUAUUUUUAAAUACUCAAAAAUACUUUUUCGUUAUCUAUACUGUUCCUUAUGUAUAUUGUUGUAAGGCUUUAAUUUCCAAAAUAAAUAAAUACUCAUUUUCAAUAUUUUUGAAUUUUUAUUAUUAGUACUAUUAAUAAUUAUAAUUUGACUUAUUGUUAGAUUACGUAUUAAUUAUCACCCAUAUAGAAAUUUUGAUAUAAUUGACAUAUUUAAAAAAAUUAAUUAUAUUUUUACCGGAAUACCAAAGGAGGGUUUCGUGACUAUGUAUGCAAUAUUCUUUAUUAACUUGUAGAAUACAGAUGGCUGAAUAGAUUUUUAUAAUGAGGUGUCGUUAGUUACGUCUGAAUUUCAAAGGUGUCAUAGGCCUAAAUGAUGUCUUAAAAUUAUGAAUAAAAAAUAAUCAUAUAAAUAUAUUAUUUUAUGUAAUUGGGUUUUCUUACCUAUAAAUAAAUAAAUAAAAUAAAAUAAAAUAAAUAUCUCUAGCACCAGUUUAAUACCGGCAUAUUAUUUGUUGCUACACCUUGAAAGUCUAUACCUAUAUUAAUCCUAACAGUAUUUUUGAUUUAUUGAUAAAUCGUUUUUAUCCCUACAGAUGUAUAAAAUAAAAUUAUAAUAAACUAUUAAUGUUUUUUUUAUUACUAUGUAAACAGGAGCAAAUUGGUGGAUUCAAGAUUCCUAAAUGUCCAAAAUGCGAAGGAAACUUAUUAAUACCUCGUAUUGUGUUUUUCGGUGAUAACAUUCCAAAAGAAAGAGUUCAAACAGUAAAUGAUUUUGUGGAAGUUUGUGAUUCACUCUUGGUUAUGGGAUCAUCUUUAUUUGUGUACUCAGGUUAUAGAAUAGUACUGAAUACAAAAUCUGCUAAUAAACCUGUUGCUGUAGUAAAUAUUGGACCAACCAGGGCUGAUGAUUGUGUUGAUAUAAAAAUUGAAGCUAAAUUUGGUGAAAUAUUACCAUUAAUAAAUCUUUAA